UAGGUGUAUCCGUAGGACAAUCGCACGCGCCGCGUCCCCCGGUGCGCACAGCGCCCGCGCACACGCACUUGCGCGCGCGCCCGUAGUCGCGCGGUCCCGUUACUGCAAUUUUUCUGCGUAGUCGCGCCGUCCCGUUAUUGCAAUUUUUUUCUGCGAGCGGCCGAGCUGCCCCCGCGGUCCGAGAUGGCCGAGCUGCCCCCCGACAGCGCUGUCCGGCAGACGGACGCGGCGAACGGCCACGGCGACGCCCCGCAGGCGGAGGUAGGCGGCGGGAGGCGGGAGCCGGCCCCCGCGGGGCCUGCGGAGCCCGGGGAAGAUCCGGGAGCGGCGGCCGGGGAGGCCCGCGACGCGGAGGUCGCCCGGGGGUUGGCGGAGCCGGCGGAGGAAGAGGGUGCACAGGCCAGACCCCGAUCCCGGCCCGGGAACGGCCCAGGCCUGGCCGCGUUGCCGUACCUCCGCCUCCGUCACCCGCUUAGCGUCUUAGGAAUCAAUUACCAGCAGUUCCUGCGCCACUACCUGGAGCACUACCCGAUCGCUCCGGGCCGCAUCCAGGAGCUCGGGGAGCGCCGCAGGAGGUUUGUGGAGGCCUGCCGAGCCCGCGAAGCGGCGUUCGAUGCCGAGUACCAGCGGAACCCGCAGAGGAUGGAUUUUGACAUUUUGACAUUUACCGUAGCUCUCACUGCGUCUGAGGUGAUCAAUCCCCUGAUAGAAGAACUCGGCUGCGACAAGUAUAUAAGUAGAGAUUAGUCUGGUGAUGAAACCACACCAGAGGAGAGCCUCCCCUUUCAAUCCCGUCCCUCGAUUGUAGAAAGUCGUAGUGUGUGAGAUAAGGCGAUGGCCGGUGGGGGGGGGGAGGACGUUUAUCACGAAGAAGCCCCAUAAAAGAAGUUCAAAGCCCUUGUGACUCCUGUGACGUUGAGUUUGGGAUUGAUCCAGAGGCUCCUCCCCGCGUUGUGGGAAUGGCUGUCCAAAUUGCUUCGCUGAAAAGUGAAGGAGCGUUUUCAGGAAAUUUUGAGACCCGAGGAGGAACGGUUGCCGGUAUCGGACGGAGCCCGUGAUGAUGAAAGAAACUCAAAUCGUGACGGGUAGGAACAGGGAGCCGCGGCGCGGUUGUCUGGUGGAGAGACCGGAAGCCUAUGGCGAGAACUUGACAUUGGCCGAUUCGACGGAUUCGACGGAAGGUUUUCGCCAAAGAUGGAUUUUGUGUUCUGUGAAGCAUUUCAGACGGCAAACAACGUAACUUGUACAUAUUACCUGAUGAACCUUGUAUUCGAGAAUAUCUGAAGUUUCUGGAUUUUUUUUCUUUCCUUUUUAAUGUAUUUAAGCUUUUUGUUUUUGUAAAUCUAUUCAGAAAUACCCCUAAAUAUAAAAUAAACACUGAAAGGUCUCCCAUCCCUGUCCCCUCCAUCCAGUCCCUUCCACAAGCCACGUGUAUAAGGUGCCUCUACUGUCGCCGACUUAUGCACAGACAAGCAAAUACAAAUUUGGGUGUUUUUCAUUUCUUCACAAAAGUGGGCAUAUUAAUGAUUUACACGCUGCGUUUUCAGUAGGAAUGGACCUUGAAGAUCAUUCCAAACCACUCCGUUGCCUCAUUCUUUUUCAGAGCUGCGUUCUGUUUCAUUCUGUGGUUGGUUAUGUUGUAAUUUACUUAUCCAGGAAAGGACUGAUGAGCCUUGAAGUUGUUCUCCCUAUUGGUCUUUAGAUAUUUUUAUGUCAGAAGUUCAUCAUUUGGGGCGCCUGGGUGGCUCAGUCGGUUAAGGGUCCUACUUCG